AUGCAUGGGUGCCAGAUGCAGUGUUGUCAAUUACUUUGCCGCAUCCGCAUCUUGAUUUCUCUCUAGGGCCUGCGUAGUAACGGGUGCUUACCUCAACUGCAUACCCCGCUUGACUAAACAUCUUCACUGGCCCUUAACAUUUCGUCAUUAACAAAGGAAUGAGGCUUUGCGUUGUCUCUGCUGGCCAUUCUCCUGCCCACUCUAUCAAGAAGUCCACGUACCACCAAUUUGGGCGAAGUGUUAGUACUUUGAACGAGGGUUUUGUCUCGUACGAGGCCAUCAGGCGAUGGAAUGCUGUGGGCGCGAUCCCGGACCAUCAUCAGGCUGAUCAUCUCACAUCUCCAUAUCACUAACUUCUUCCUGUCAUCCGAUGGGUGCAAAUCCAUAAAGAGUUACGGGGUAGCCUCUGACUUCCUGCUCUCAUUCUACCCUACCCCCAGCAAGUCUCAGGGGAUAUCAUGCCAGCAUCCAUCCAGCCAUUCAUUCGUCAAGUCACCCAGGCCCACGGUUCGAAGCGUUUAUCCCUCUACCGUUAUUCCGACUUUCAUUUUCGUAAUAGAUCCCGUAGAUUUCAACAAAGUCUGGACUUUCAACGCGCUUCAAAUACUUGCUUUUGUUUUGAAUAUCUUGGUCGUCGGCACUGCUGUUCUUUCCGGUCGUGUCAGACGAGCUCCGAUAUGGUUCAUAUUCAUGGGUGGCUGGAUCUUAUGGAGUAUUGCGCACAGCCUCCUUUUUCUAUCAGGACGUCAAUUCGACGACAAACCACCACCACACGCGCUGUGCCUUCUUCAAGCAGGUUUAGUUUAUGCAAUUCCACCAUAUAUGGAAUUUUUGAACCUGGCCCUUCUUGUCCAUGUCUAUCUUGUCAUUCGUGCUACCAUCGAACACCGUCGGCCACGAACUCAAACCCCCCUGAUUUUCAUUUUUUUGCCACUUGGCAUUUUCCUGGUGAUACUCAUCGAAGUCCUAGUGAUCGGCGUCAAAAACCCUGAAUUGAUCGCUAGAAUGCCAGCGCCGACCCCGGUGUACUGCAACGUGACGGAUCGUAUAUCCUUCAAAAUUAGUGCCAUAUCUUUCGCAUUAGGUGUACUCUCCUUGAUUGGGUUGGAGGUUGCCUUAGGCAUCAUGUUGUACAGAAACUGGGAAGGUUUUCAAGUAAUCCGUCACAGUCCAGGCAACGGCACGAUGGUAUUCAGAAUCUUUGUUUUCAGCGUCGGUCCUACGCUUGCACUUAUAAUAGAGAUCCUUUCCGAGAUAAGCCCCAAGAACUUUAGUUUUGUGGCCAAGGUCGUGGUCCACUUCAUGCCGUCGAUGGCAGCGAUCAUCUUCGGAACUCACAGGGACAUAAUUCGAGCUUGGUAUUGCUUUGGGAAUCGCCGGAAAGUAGAUAGCGAUCGACAUCCAUCGUACCCUAUACAGCGCACGGAAAACAUCCCCCUCUCUAACCCAUCAGUUCGAAAAGAAGCUCCGAGUAAUGGUAAAAAGACUCUUGCCGGGACUAUGUGUCCCGAAUAUGCUUGAUUUAGCCGCUCUUGUUGUUGGCAGUAACCAAGCCCAAACUAUACGGUCAUUCUGACGAUUGACUCUGUUGACUCUGAAGUCCACGAUACAUCAUGAAUACGAGUGCGCGGGUUCGCAAGGCAGUCAUGUUCCCCAAAUGAUACUCUACAUAUGUCUAAUUUAUCUUUAAUAAUGGACUCAAAGCUUGUGCCGACCGC